UUCGCGCCUCUUCUCCUCUCUAAUCAGAGCUCCAAACUUCCCCUUUCCGUUUUGUCUGAAAAUCUCUGAAAACAGUUUCUCUUUCUCUCUCUCUCUCUCUCUCUCUCUCUCCAUCAGAGAAGCCCUGAAAUACGCAGAAUUUUCUGGAGAUAUACGGCGACAUAUUUCGAUGCACCAAUUUUGUGAAGAUCUGAAAUACAUAACGAUGGGAACUGAGGAACCUCAUAUUUCACGGAGGAGCCCAAGUCUGAAUUUCGAAAUUUUCAUAUAGUUUGAGCUGGAGUGAUUUCAUUUUAGGAAGCCAUGGUAGAUCUCCUCACCAACACGGAGCACUGUAGUGCAAGAGAGAUUAACAGAGAAAAAGCAUGGUAUCUACUCGGGGUUUUGUUGAGGAUAGGGCGUCCAGCUCGUCCUGGAGAACUCGCAGCGAGAUGUUCUAUGUUCUAUGCAUCGCCUGAUUUUGUUCAGUUCCUCUGCUUGAUCCCUGAUUCGCCUCUGUUCUUGACAGAUGAUCUGUUUGUCACAGUCUCUACGGGUGCCUUCUCGGCUUUUGAAGAAUUGGUUUCUAAGGCUCGUGGUGAUUUUGUUCCAAGGGUCACGCUUAGGGUUUUUGAACCGAGGAGAUCACUGGACCUUGUUUUUCAAACAUAUUAUCGUAAGCGGAAGGGACCAGAAGCUCUUUCUGUCAUUUCUUCCUAUGCUAAAAGAAGACUACUUUUGCCUCCUGAAAAUGGUAAAUGGGUCAUAGCCUCAUAGGUGUAUUCUUUCCUGUGCUGCUUUUCUCUUGGAGUUGUAUCCAAUGUGUAUUGUCUUUAUUCUUUACUGAUAAGAAUGAACUGGAAACAGAUGAAAACAACCAAAUGUCGUUCUCUCUAGUAAACAAGAUCCAAUGGGAUUCUGCUGAGGGACAUGCUGAUAUUGCAGACAAUAUGGUCAAAAGCGUGGAUGUGAAUUAUGAUUUGUGGCCUACAGAUGGGUUUUCAAGUUAUGGGUUGAUGAACGACGAUUUAGGAUUUGGAAAUGAAUGCAAGAAGAAAUUGAUUGUGCAUAGGGAAUUCCUCGGACUUGUACAUACACCAAUGUUCCAACAUAGUUUUCUCGACACUAAAAUGGAUGCAGACAUUCCUAGGCCAACAAGAAUUACAGAAUGUGAGCCUGAUCUUCGACCAGUUCUUCUAUCAAAUGUAAUGGAAAACUUUAUGUUAGAGGACAACACUCAAAGGGAGGAAUUGGACUUGAGUGGGAUAAAUUUUACUUUAGCAUCUUGUCCAGAAGUACAGAGGCAAUGCAAUGCUUCAGCUGCUGGGGUUGUUACUCAAGUUAAUCAUCCUUGUGCAGCUGCUGUAAGCAGACCUGUUGAAGGAGCUAAUGAGGCGCCGUUCCUAGGCCAACAAGAAUUACAGAAUGUGAGCCUGAUCUUCGACCAGUUCUUCUGUCAAAUGUAA